AUGAAUGCUUCUGGUAAUAAUGAGAAGGACGGUGCUAAUGAUAAGCCUGAAUCUGAUGAUCAAUAUUCAGAACCAAAUUACAGGAAAUUAGAUUCACAAGAUAAUCACAGUUCAAAUACUAGCAAUUCUAACAAUGAUGAAAAUAAUAUUGGUGAUGUCGACGAAAUCUUCGGCAGUUUUAUGAAUGAAAUAGAUAGUAUACGAAAUAGUAAAAAUGAGAGUCGAUUGGAUAAAAAAAUGGACUCAAACGGUCAUGUAAUCCGACUCAUAUCGCAAGCGUUCCCCUCUCCCUAUCAAGUUUUGGGAGUCGGCCCUGAUGCCACAAUUGAUGAUAUCAAAAGGGAAUUUAGGAAUAUUUCCCGCUACAUACACCCCGAUAAAUGCCGCCACCCCAGGGCUCAAGAGGCUUUUCACAUUUUAAAAAAGGCGUAUGAGGAUAUUCACAAAGAAGAGAUUAGGGAAAAGUACAAGACUGUGUUUGAUUUCGCUCGUAAAAUUGUGUACAAGAAACAUGGCAUUAAACCAUCCGCUAACAACAUAGAUUUGGUACUUGCUGGCUUUGGACCAGAGGGGCAGAAGGCAAUGGAAAAGGAAAUUUAUGCCGAAUGUGAUGCCAUAUUGCAAAGGCAAGCCGACAGGAAGGAGUAUGCAGAAAGAACUUUGAAGGCCAAUAUUGAAUAUGAAAAGCGGAAAAUAAGCGAAAUCAUGCUACUUGAGCGCAUCCAAAUGUACGAAAGAAUGGAAUGGGACAAAACCAUUGACAUGCGUGUCAACAGUUGGCGUAAUUUCCAGGACCAGGUAGAUACAAAGCAGGUCAAGUUCAACGCCUUUAGGGGCGUGGAUACCAAGAAAGAGGAAAGGUCGGCACAGCAUCAAGAAGCGCUCAAACACGUUACCAAGAGACGCAAAUAUUAG